AUGAACACCGAAAGCAACACAGCGCCCCCUGUUGGACAAUCGGCUGACGAGUUGAACGCGAACCUGCUCGAUGUACACAACCAACGGUUGGCUAGGAUGGAUGCCAAUGGCGUAGACUUCAUGAUUCUGUCGUGCACUUCGCCUUGUAUACAGGGGAUCGCUGACCCUGUGGAAGCAGCCUCGGUGGCUAGACAAGUCAACGACGAACUGGCGGACACCAUUUCGAACAAUACCCUUCGUUUCGGCGGGUUCGCCGCUUUGGCGAUGCAGAACGCUACAGAGGCGGCCCAGGAGCUGAAGAGGGCCGUGCAAGAGCUAGGAUUCUUCGGGGCAUUGGUCAACGAUUAUCAAGAAACCAACGCCAAUGGAAAUACGACCUUGUUGUUUUAUGAUACCCCAGAGUUCGACCCAUUCUGGCAGAUGGUAACGGAUUUAGACGUACCGGUGUAUUUCCAUCCGCGAGCCAACAUUCCUACAAUCGCGAAUUUGGAGUUUUCACACUCGCGGUUCUUGCUCGGCCCGUCACAAGAGUUCGCCGUCACCUUAUCAACCCACAUCAUGGGUCUGUGCACGAACGGUGUCUUCGACCGCUUCCCAAAACUGAACAUACUUGUUGGACACAUGGGAGAACGGGUUCCUUCGGAUUUCUGGCGCAUCGACGAUCAGCUGGCUCGUCAGGUCCCGCAAGGCAUGCCCAUGCAGAGGAACCUCUCCUCGUACUGGCGAACCAAUCUCCUCGAGACCACCUCAGGCAACUUCGGCACUGACCUCCUCAAAUUCCACAUCUCCCAAAUCGGAUUAGACAGAAUCCUAUAUUCCGUCGACUAUCCUUUCGUUGCGAUCGAACAAGGCGCGUCAUUCAUUAACGGACUGCCGCAGACCACAGGAUUGAGCGAGGAAGAGAUCACGGCAUUGAAGCGAGGGAGGGCGAUCGAGUUGUUGAAGUUGGAUCAGUGA